CAUAUGGGCUGACUCGGUCAGACAUUUACUGUUUGAUGAUAUGCUUUGUCAGUUAGCCGUCUGGCCCAAAUGUCUUACCCGGUCAGCUUUGUAACAUAUGACUGGGAAUAAGGACGCUUCUACCCCUCUGUUAUCUUUCUUCCCUCGUUAUCCGAUACCCAUUCUUUCAAACGUAACCUAAAAAAAAAAGCGCAGACACAAAAAUCGCCGCCUCCUCCAUCGACAGCUAACCGCCAUCUCACUCGUCGCUGCCGUCUCGCCACCAUCUCGCCGGCUAAAGAGAACUCGCCAUCUCCGAGCAAUUUCUCUCGCUUUCCCUGUCAUUCAAGAUCACUGUAAUUCAUCAAAAACGGGGUAAAAUGGUCAUUUUUCAUCACUCAGCACAUUCAGUCAGAUGUACAAUCAAACAACAAGAUUUCUUACUCAGUCAGGAUUUUUUAUCCAGACAGACCUUUCCCAGUCAGAACUUUCUCAGUCAGCAACUAUCAAACGGGGCCUAAGUGUGUUUGUUUAUCUCUUAUUUUUGCAUCUCGAUCAGACUCUAGGCCACAUCUGAAACCACAUCUGAAAGAAAAAAAAAGACACGUUUCCCUUUAUGCCCAACCCUACCCAAGAAUUCCGCCUCUAUUCAUUCUUCCUCCCUCUUCUUUCCUCUACACUCUUUGACGUCUCCAUGCCAACCCUCUCGGUCGAACUCGUCGUACACCGCCGACACGAGACCUCCGACGCCACCGUCCUAGACCCCCGGUCUGACAGCAAGGCAUCAGAUAAGCUGAUGAGGGAAUGAAAAAGAAACAGGCACAUGCCACUGUCCAGCGGCACAUAGCGCCUCACCCUCACGACCCUGCUCCACCCACUCCCAUCGACUUUUCCGGCAGCCUUCACUGCCACGCCGGCAGUUCCACAGCUUCAGCGACUUCCCUCUGAACAUGCAAGAAUGCAACAAGUCCCAUUGGGUCUUUUUUUGGACAAGAAGCUCCAACUCCAACUCCAAGAAUGAAACAACUGACCAUCCAAUGAAUUGGCUCCGGGAUGUUUCUCUCGCCGGAAUCUCUACUGCAACUCCUUCAACGUUUCAUCAAAAACUCCAUCCAAAUCAAGCAAAUCCAUUCCCUCCUCAUCAUCAGCGGUAAUCUCCUCCCUAACCCUAACCCUAACCCCAACUCAUCUACCUUCAAAUGGAUACCCACCUUACUCUACAACACUCUCAUCAGAGCUUACCUCAAUAUCCAUCUCCCUCACACUACCUUACUCCUUUUCACCCACAUGCUUUCCCAUAACAUCCCACCAAACCCCCAUACUUUCCCUUCACUAACCAAAGCCACCGUUGCUGCUUAUACAACCCCUUCCCUCAUCGCUAAACCCCUUUACACUCAAGCCCUCAAGCGCGGAGUAUUAUCAGAUCCCUUUGUACAAACAUCAUUCAUUCAUUUGUAUGCUAAAAGCAACUGUCUUUCCUAUGCACAAAAGGUGUUCGAUGAAAUGCCUGAACCAUGCCUUGUUUCCUGUAACGCUAUGCUUGAUGGGUUUUGCAAGAAUGGGGAUAUGGGUUCUGCUGUUUCCUUCUUCGAAUCAAUGCCUGUGAGGGAUGUUUAUUCAUGGACUACCAUCAUCAACGGGUACAGCAAGAGAGGGUGUUACGACACUGCAAUUCGGUUUUUUCAAAGGUGUUUAAGAGAUUGUUCUGUGAAAGCUAAUGAAGCUACAUUCGUUAGUGUACUUUCUGCUUGUGCUCAUUCUGUUACAUUUGGGAAGCAGAUACAUGGGUAUAUUAUCAAGAACGAGAAUCAAAUAACUCCCUUUAUCGGGACAUCACUGAUAUAUUUAUAUGGGAAAACGGGUCAUUUAGAUUACGCCACAAAAGUGUUUGAAAGUAUGUUGAAAAAGGAAACAUGCACAUGGAAUGCAAUGAUUUGUGCUCUAUCUUCACAUGGAAAAGACAAAAAGGUUUUAGAAAUGUUUGAUAAGAUGAAGAUUGAAGGGUAUCAUCCAAAUGAAGUUACUUUUGUUGGGAUUCUUGCUGCUUCUUCAAAUUGCAACCUUAUAAAUUUAGGUUUAGAAUUAUUCUACUCAAUGUUGCCUCAAUUUGGUGUUGUUCCAAAAAUGGAACAUUAUGGAUGUGUGGUUGAUUUAUUGGGUAGAUCAGGGUUUUUAGCAGAAGCAAAAGAUUUCAUAAGUAGGAUGCCAUUUGAGGCUGAUGCCUCUGUUUUAGGUGCUCUUUUGGGAGCUUGUAAACUUCAUGGGGAUAUUGAUUUAGGAAAUGAGGUGGCUAAAAGGCUUCUUGAGGUAGACCCUCAACAAUGUGGUCAAUAUAUAGUUUUAUCGAGUCUUUAUGCUGAUGUUGAGAAUUGGGGUCAUGCUGCCUUUUUGAGGAAUGUUAUGGUUGGAGUAGGUGUUCAUAAGCCUCCGGGUUAUAGUGUGGUUAACUCAAUGUAAAGAAUUAGUUUGUGCACAUUAACGAAUGUUAGGGUUGCAUGUAUUAGAUUUUUAGUAUUAACAAAAUAGUUUCUUUAAAAGAGUUGACUUCGAAUAUAUUAUGAGUCAUGGGAAAAUGUAGUGUAAAUUUGAAGCUUGGUACAUGGAUUUUCAUUUACCAUAGGCAUACGAAAAGUCUACUUGAAGGCAUGAAAGAGAAGAGAAAUGGGUUCUUUUUCUUUUUAUUUUAUUCCAAAAUAAAAUAACAGUAAUAUUUAGUUGCUA